CUAUUGAGUAUUGCUGAAGUAUCAUAUCCUGAAAUUUCUUACUGUACACAUAUAUUGUGUCAUAAAGCGUGUACAAUUCUUUCUCAUACUUUUGGUCAUUCGUUUCCUGCAUUUUCAUUUAUUUUUUUAUUUUUCAGGGUACGUAUAUCCCAUUUGUACGAAAGAGCAACUUCGUCGGCUAUAACCCCCUUGUUGCUGGAUGGGAAGCGUUAAGAUAUAGUAAGUGAUAUCAAUUUUAUAAUAAAAUUAAACAGUUCCAGUCUUAAAUAUCUUUCUCAUUUUCUUCGUAGGACGACCACGACCUAAUGCAUUAAUGGAAGUACAAAUGCCAGUGAUUAAGAACGCCGAAUGCAAAAUAGCUUAUUCCAAAUUUCCUAAUGCACCUGAUAUCACUGAUGGUAUAAUAUGCGCCGAACAUGCUCAGGGUGGAGAGGAUUCUUGUACGGCUGACCGUGGCGGACCACUGCUGAUACAACAUGAAUUAACCUCGUAUUUAAUAGGUAUUGUGUCUUAUGCUUAUAAGUGCGGCACAGCUGGGUAUCCCAGCGUUUACACUAGGGUCAUAUCGUACCUUGACUUCAUUCUCCAAGCGAUGCAAUAAUAUGAUAUUACUGUUCCAUAAAUAUCAUUGUGUAAAAAACGUAAAGUUGGAUUUUCUUAUUGUGGAGAUAAGAAACAGCUCAAAUUUACAUUGUUUUGUACGUUACAAAUUAUAGGCUUAAAAUGUACGAAAUGUAACUUUGAAACGACACUAAUUUUUUACGCACGAUAAACCUCCACGACUUAGGUAUGUAAAGAUGAUAAAUGUAUAUUAAUUCUAUUAAUUUGGUAAUAAUAAACCAACUUUCUGAGAAGUUCUGUAAAUUUCGUUUCUGUUGUAUCAAGAGAAUAAUGGAAUAUUCCACUUAGAUCGUAUACUUCUUGUAUGUACGUACAAAAUUUUCCGGCUAAUCUAAAACACUUCAUAAGAUAGAGAGCUUCUGGAAAUUCGGACACAGAGAGUGCAUAAAAUACAAGAUAAGUCUCGUGUCUUUCAAAAUUAUUUUUUAUUCGCUAAAAACGUCCUGUGUACUCAUGCAAUCACAUGCAACCUCGAAACUUCACUUAUUUUUUAUCACUUUCCAAUUCAAUACACAGUUUCUGCAUUUUUGACUAUAUGUAAGAGAAAUUUCCAUUCAGCCAAAGGUGU